UCCACGACCUCCUCACUGCCACGACGACCACCACUCAACCACCACCCAUCCACGCCCUCAUCACGACUCCAUCGCUUCGGCCGCACCUAGUCCACGCCAUUGAUGAGUAGUACUUGACCUCCGAGUCCCAGGUCCUCAGCUGGUGGAUUGGGCGUCACAACAAAAGGAGCAACUAAAGUCUCGGCAUUGCGGGAGAAGAGUGGAAAUGGCUGGUCCUGAUCGUCGGUCGUCGACGGGAGUCGACAGGAGAAUAUCGACACGCUCUUCCAUCCUGCCUCAACAGAGGACGUCGAUGCAAUUCGAUGACAACGAGAUUGAUGACGAUUAUGAUUUACAGGCGAUGGGAAUAUCGGAUGGCUUCCGUCCGCACGGUGCAAUGACAGGUCACAGUCGAAUGUCGUCUCAUGCCUCACAACAUCUCACAAACGGACGGAGAACACCCCCGCCUCGACCCUCGAGUACGACAAAGCCCCAGGCAAUGGAUACAUUUGCUUUGCGUCACGAUGGGGGAAUGGGGGCCAGCGUCAGGAGGAGUUCAACGGCUGCAACGAAUUUCAACGCUCCAGCCCCGACCAGAUCAUCAAGUGUGUCCACAGACAUGCCGUAUAUCAGGCCAGAAAGUCCCUAUCGCGGACCUUCUGGUCCAUCUCACCCAUAUCAAAUGUACCCGCAAGAGUCACGCUUGGCUAGGACAGCUAGCAUAGCAACGACUUCGACGGUACCAGUUCCAGACAGGCCAUACAACGGCCCUGGUGGCCCGACGCAUCCGUACGGAAUGUACCCUCAAAAUACAGUACCUGAAGCAGAAGCAGCGGAUGAACCUAGUCCAUUGGCGCCUGUUCCAGUCGGGUUCCCUGGUUUAAAUAAUAAUUAUCAACGUCGACUAGGUCCGGAGGGCGAAGAGAUUGCCGACAUGAUAGGACCAGAUGGACACACCGAGCAGCUUCCUCCAUAUACCAAAUAUCCGGACGAAGCAUUUGCCAGGAAAACACGGCCGACUGUAGCAAUUCCGGUCGCUGGCGCUGGAGGAAUGGGUCUUGCCACGCGAAAUCCGGAAUUCGCUUCCCGGGAGGAUCUCAACUCUCCCUCCCGACAGUCUACACGUACCUUGAACUCCGCGGUUAGCGAACAUCAAGUAAACAUGGCUGCUAUUCAAAUGUCAGAGAAGCCGGAAUUGAAGAAAUGGCAAAGGACAGCACGGAAGAAGAUCUGUGGUAUCGUUCCUUUGUGGGUAAUGAUCCUCGUUGUACUGGUUUUCAUCAUGUUCGGAAUCAUUCUGGGAACUGUGCUCGCAGUAUUGAAGCCCAAGCAUCCGAACAACAAACGCCCUCCAGGCAAAAGCCCACAAAGUAUUAUCGUAACAACUAUGACUACUACCUUUGAUGCCACACCUCUUACUGCCGCGCCCACAGGCUUGCCAGAUCUCCCCACUGGAACGUUCGCGUUACCCAUCUCAGCUCCUUCGGCUAUUCAAAACAGUUGCUUAUCCAACACAGAACAGAGUGCAGCAUGGAGCUGCUCGAUACCCUUGACACCGUACACUAUCGUGGUGACUCCAUUGGUUGGCGCCGGUGAACUCGCGAAUAACGAAGUCAGUUUGAGCCUUGGCAACAACACAUUCGGUGACUAUUACGCCUUUGGCACACAGCCCCCGAUCCUAAACCAGGACCAAGUCCUGAAUCUAGUAACUGAUUCCCAAGAGCCCGGGAAAGGUCCUGCCUGGUUCUUUGAGAUGCCCUACAACAAGGUUGUUAUCUUGCCAGAAAUUGCUCUUACUGCCCCUGGCGCAGUCAGUAAGCGGGGGUACGAAGCGAAAGAAGACGGUAAAUCUUCAGGGGGCUUCAUGCGAAAGAAUGUUGCACAGCCUGGAGACAGGCCUUGGUUCUGCUUCUGGAAUGGUACUUUACUCGAGGCGUUUAUAUACGUCAACCUGACCAGCAGUGCAGGUCGAUUGGCCUCCACAUCUCCAGCCUCUGCUGUAGCUUCUCUCACCAGCUCCUAUGACGGUUCAGUACCAUCUGCAACAGCCGCCCCGUCGUCCGGCUCGUCUGGAUCUGGCACCACCCAGCAAUUCAGAUUCCCUCCUGCGUACCCAAAUGUUCUAAAGAUUGAGGAGCGUCGAAUCCCAGGCCCGCAAGAAAUCCCGCCAUACUGCGUCCAGCACAUCAUUGAUGACUACGGAGCAGCAACAGUCGCAACAAACAGCACCGGGCAGCCCGUAAUAAUCUACCUCAACGAGACGGAUUCCUCCGUCGCCUCCGAGAUGGAAUCGAAGCGCGCUUACCUUGAUCAAGAGUCCGGGAUAAGCACACGGGAUCUCGACUCAGUAUCCUGUGGCUGUGUAUGGUUAUGGACAUGAAAAGCUGGCAUAUUAUAGUGUUACACUUUCUGUCCGUCUUGGUUUCUCUGGUGUCUGGUCGGCGUUUGGAUUGGGAUAAAAUGUACAGCUUUGUUCGGCUUUGCAUUCGGCGUUUUGGGCUAUCAGGCUUGGAAGAUACAGCUUUUGUUACCUCUUGUGCUUUUUGGGGCGAUUUAUCUGAUCUGGAAAGGAAGGCAUUCUCGUUUUCCAAGCUAGCAAGCAAGCACCGGCGGCCUAGUUGAAGAUUUAAAAGCACUGGCGUGCGUGCUCUCGUAUGAAUUCAUUUAGGGUAGGAUAGGAUAUUGCGGUUUGGGUUGGUGGAUGAUCUGAUGAGAGGGAUGGCGGUGGCAUGGUAAUUGAUAUGUAUUUAGCGAAUCAUGAAUCAAAAAACUAUUUGGACGUCUG